CGUGAUGAGUCGACAAAAGAAGUAGCCGAAAUGCGUCCGCUUAUUGAAAGUCUGCAAGGGGAGCUUAGGCAGAGGAUCGAAGAGGGCAGGAAAAUGAUGGCACAGCUUAGAAGCUAUGAGGAAAAAGAACGAAUAUGGAAAAAAGAGAAAAUGGAUCUUGAGAAACGAAUUGAGAUCAAAGAUGCAAUGGCUGCAGCGGAGAGGAAGAACAGUGAUGAAUGGAAGAAGCGACAUCUUUCGGAGAAAGAGGACCUUCAGCGGAAAGUUAAACUGGCGGAGCCCGAAAUACGCCGUGCGCUGCAUGCCGUGAGCAUUUUUGUUACCACUGUUUUGCUUGGGAAAAUUGGUCGUUCUCUGCUAUAA